GGGUGGCUCUGUCAUCACAAGUGCGCGCCGCAGCCGCCGCUAGCCGGGGAAGCGGUGUUAUGGCGAGCUCAGCAUCCGCUGUGCGACCCCCGAGGCCCAAGAAAGAGCCGCAAGCACUCGUCAUACCUAAGAAUGCGGCCGAGGAGCAGAAGCUCAAGCUGGAGCGGCUCAUGAAGAACCCGGACAAAGCAGUUCCAAUUCCAGAAAAAAUGAGUGAAUGGGCACCUCGACCUCCCCCAGAAUUUGUCCGAGAUGUAAUGGGUUCAAGCGCUGGGGCUGGCAGCGGAGAAUUCCACGUGUAUAGGCAUCUGCGCCGGAGAGAGUACCAGCGACAGGACUACAUGGAUGCCAUGGCUGAGAAGCAAAAAUUGGAUGCAGAGUUUCAGAAGAGACUGGAAAGGAAUAAAACCACUGCAGAGGAGCAGACUGCAAAGCGUCGGAAAAAACGUCAGAAGUUAAAAGAGAAGAAAUUGUUGGCAAAGAAGAUGAAACUUGAACAGAAGAAACAAAGAGAAGUUUCUGUGUGGACUGUGGGCUGCAAAUUUGAAAAUCAUUGUUAUGGGACAUGGCCCCUGAUGUUACACGCCUGCCUACCAGAGAAUCCCAGGGUGAUCUUAAGGUGAUUUUGUUCCUGGUACAUCAAGAGGGGUUUCUCGAUCUCAGCACUAAUGACAUUUUGGGCUAAUAAUUCUUUGUUGUGAGUGGCUAUGUCCUGUUCAUUAGAGGGUGUUUGACAGCAUCAUGGCCUCUACCCACGAGAUCCCAGUAGCUCCCGCCCACCCCUCAGUCACUUACAGUCAGAACUGUCUCCAGAGAUUGCCCAUUGUUCCCUUGGGAAAGAGGAAGACAAAACUGCCCCCAGUAAAACUCAUCUCAGCCGGUAUCUGGUAUUGGGAAUGCACUCCAUGUGUUUUGAACUGUUUGUUUCAAGGCCAAAACUCUUAUGCAUAUGUGUUUGAAAACUAUCCAUAUCCUUUGUGUUUUUGAGAAUGAAGGUAAUAGAUGAUCAUUUGAUAAAUUUUUGGAAUAUACAUA